UCGAGCUGGCGGUCGCGCCUUUGUCCGGGCCGCCGUAGCCCCGCCCCCAAUUCCCCGCCGGUGAUUGACAGGCAAUGGCGGCGCUGAGGAGACGCGGCUGAGGGGAGGGGAGGAAGCCGAUCGCCCCGAGCCGCCGCCGCCGCCGCCGGUUCUCUCCCUUCCCCCGCCCCGGCCCCAGCGUCCGGGGGCCCCGCCGCCGGCAUGUCGGCCACGGCCCGCCGCAAGCAGGAGGAGAAGCACCUGAGGCUGGUGCGCGAGCUGGGCGCGCGGCCGCACAACCGGCGCUGCUUCGAGUGCGAGCAGCGCGGGCCCACCUACAUCGACAUCACGGUCGGCAGCUUCGUCUGCACCUCCUGCUCCGGCCUCCUGAGAGGCCUCAAUCCCCCUCACCGAGUGAAGUCCAUCUCCAUGACAACCUUCACUGAACAGGAAAUUGAAUUCCUUCAGUCUCAUGGCAAUGAGGUAUGUAGGCAGAUCUGGCUGGGCCUGUUCGACUCCAGAUCAUCAGUCAUCCCAGAUUACAGAGAUCCGCAAAAAAUCAAGGAAUUCCUACAGGAUAAAUAUGAGAAGAAAAGAUGGUAUGUUCCUCCAGAGCGUGUAAAGGUGUCUGCAGCCACGUCGGCUACCACCUCACUGAGCAGCAGGAGCAGUACGCCUGAUAUCAAGCCACUGAAGAGUCUGGUGGGAGAAUCAACUCCAUCCCUGAACGUUACCAGAACCGUCAGUCAGCCUGUGAGUCAGGCACAGAUGCAGCAGCCACAGCAGCAACAAGCAAAGAAGUCACAGCUGGAUCUUCUGGCCGACAUUGGCGGUGACCCUUUUGCCACCCCCGCUCCCCAGCAUGCUGCUCCACAGGCCUUUGGAGCCUUUCCCGGCUUUGGAGUCCAGCAAACUGCACAUCCUGGUUUUCCGACCUUCAAUGCAUUCGGUGCCGGUGGUGGGGCGACGAGUACUGUUGGGAGUUUCCCCUCAGCCAACCAAGUUCCUUUCCAGGUCCAGUCUACAACAUCAGGUGGUUCGAGCAGCGCUAACUUUGCAAACUUUGAUACCUUCCCAAAAUCUUCCAGCACUAGUUUCGGAGCGUUCACUAGCCCUCCCGCCACCUCCGUGCCCGCAAGUUCAACGGCUGUCACCUCUGGUAAAAAUGCCACCUCGCAAGCCGACAAAUACGCAGCGCUCGCAGAUUUAGAAAGCAUCUUUAAUGCCCCUAAGUCCACUCCAGGUGGUCAGAUGUCCAGCUUCAGUUUCACCUCUUCAGUCUCGACCGGCCAACCGACAGUCUCGUCCAGCCAAUAUACAGGAGCCGAGUACAGCAGCGUCUUCAAUAUUGGAGUGCCUUCAAGUCAUGCCAGUGCUGGCACUAGCAGUAUUUCCGGGACAGUGAGUGGAAGCCAAGUGCCUACACAGCAAUCCGCUGCUAGCAGUGCAUCCAGCUUUGGAGCUUUCAGUAAUCCAUUUGCUGCUCCUUCUGUUACGCCGCAAGCAGCUUCUACCAAUCCCUUCCAGACCAACGGGAUGGCACCAGUGUACGGCGGAGUGCCAGCCGGAUACGGGUCGGUCCCGGCCACCUCGGUCGCUGGGAGCUUCGCAGGAUUCCCACAGCACCCAUUCCCGCAGCAACAGCAGCCCCAGCAGCAGCAGGUCUACACUCAGCAGCAGUCCUACCCACAACAGCAGCCGUUCCCAGCCCAGCAAGGAUACAGCCAGCAGCAGCAUGCGUUUGCUCAACAGCAGCCCUUCCUGCAGCAACAAGCCUUUGCCCAGCAACAAAAUGGAGCUGGAUUUGGUGCCUUCGGGCAGCCCAAAGUAAUGCCGCGACCGAUGGGGCCGUUGAUCCAAGGAGGUGGAGCGCCCAGCAACCCGUUCAUGACUGGAGCCCCACCCGGACAGUUUGCGGCAGGAAGCACAUCCACCAACCCCUUCUUAUAGUGACCUUUAGUACUUCCAGCAUGUGGCUCUUCCAGAAUCGCCUUAAACCACAAGAGUUGACCAACAGCUGUAACAUACGUGACGCCAGUACACACAUUUCUAUACUUUGGUGGUGGGGACGGGUGGGAAGAACCUGAGGGUGGAGAUGAGGCAUUGAAAUAUUUCUAUACUGUAAUCGUUCAGUGUAUUAGCAACCAAAUACCAGUGCAGGCUAUAGCGGGGUCUCUUGACGCAGCUCUGGACACUCGAGGGGAAGGGAAAGGGCAGCCAGGAUAGUUGCCAGCUGUAUCUCAUUCGGGCACUGUCUGUCUAUGCAGCAGAGCUUUUAGCAUUGCAGGCAGAUGAGGCAGUGAAAGGGUUAAGUGGCUGUGGGCCAGGUGAUGGGGGAAAUCCCCACACAGUAUGGGCUACUUAAUGGAUACAGUUCUGUCCGGGCAUCGUCCCAGUGACAUUUAAUCCUAUGUUAAUAGUGGGCGAUAUACCCCUUGAGGCACCUGCUGUGCACAACCUGUGUGUGGCACACCUACUCAUUGAUGCACCACUGCAACUAGGGCUGGGUUUUGGGAGGGUGGUGGGAUGGGGAGGGGGGUGACGGGGACCCUUUCAAGGGUGGGGGUAGGGUUGCCAUUUGACAUCCAUUUUCCAGACUGGCUGUUGAAUUUGCGCGUCCCUCCCCCGCCCCCCCGGUGGGAUCCUCAGAGGGGCGGUCUUUCAAGGAAAUGGAAUCUCCCAUUUGUACAGGAGCAGUGCGGGAGAGGAGGUCUGCCCCGACGCCUUGUGGACAGGUGGCCACCUUUUAUUUUUGUGGGUGGGGGUGGUGGAUGCGGGCAGGGUCUGGAGCUGAGGGCAUCUCCCAGCCCACCUGAAGCUGCUGCAGUGGGCGGCAAGAGCCACCGCGAUUUGUCGUUGCGGCAGAAGUGGGGACCUUAUUUAAACCGUCUGCUGAGGUGGUUCUCAGUGAAGAUGACAGACAGGCUGUCACGGCCACCCCCAUCAGCCUGUCCUCCUCCCCAAACAGUCCCCACAGACGUUUCAUCCUCCUGCGCCCUCCCGCACCCCCCCCAUUAUUCUCCCCAGGGCCACUCUCUUCCCUUCACUGUUUGGCGAGCUGCUGUAUUGGAAUCUCGGGCUUGUUUCUGUGUCCUUUUAUUUUUUAAAAUUGUUACACCAAUUCCGCUGUGUUCUACUGUUCAUUCAAAAUAUAUAUUUUGUUCAUCAAUCGA